AUGAGCACUUCCACAUCUGCGGGUUCUAAGCCGGAGGUGUCCCUGACAGGUUCCACUGGGGCCUUUACCACUGGGGCCUUUAUGGUCGAGUUGCUGAUCUGGAACGGGUCGCCCUUUAAAGAUCACUGGGCGUAUUUUGUUCGGUCGCGCGCGGAUCCUGAUAUCGGCGUAAAGAUACACGCGACCGGCAAUGUGAGAAGUGGCUUCAAGUUCGAAAUUAAGCGGAGUGAAAACCUCCAAACAACCGACGACAUUCCUUCAACAAGGGUCCCGUUGCAGUGGGUCGAAGAAAAGUACUUUGAUGAGAAGGCUAUGCUCAACGACGGGGAAUACAAAGUCGACAAUACGCCAGUCUGUCGCUUCGAAAGCAGUGUUUACGAGAUUGAAGCACCAGGGAAAAGUUUGAACACAGUCAGUGAUGGGGCCAAACCAGGUAGGAAAGUUAUUCAGAGAGAUUGCCAGACAUGGAUUGUCGAAUCUGCUGAUCAACUUCGCCGUGACAACAUUUUUAGCGAGGAGGUUGUCGCUUAUCUUCACGCAAUCAAACAGUAA